AUGUCCAAGAGAAUUCGUUCGGAAUCUGGAAAUGAGGACAACACAGCACCCCGUGCGCGACGUCCAUUCCGGCAAGAUACACCGGGCACCACCCAGUACACCGACCACCCUCGUUAUCCCCAUAUCAGUGCCAACGAGCGAGUCCUGCAUGAGGAUAGCUCUCACGUGUUAGUCGGUGACGGCAUGCUCCGCGCGAGGGCAUCCAGCUCUCGGAUGGAUGUGCAAGAGCGUCCUAUGGGCGAGCAUCGCGCUCAGCGCAUCAGACACCACGACAAUCUCCAGGAGACGGCAAAUGGUGCUGAGAUCAAGACUGUCGACGCCCACCCGCCGACAGCAAACACAGACGUAUAUCUGCAUUCUACGCCAGCGCGUACCGGCCGUAGUCGCUCGAAGCAUGGCCCUCAUGCCAGGUCGCACCCGAGAACGACGACGACCCGUCAAUCACGCCGGACCCGUCGUCAUGUGGAGUUGCCAAGGCUGCACAUAGUCCUAGCGGACGUCAUGGCCAACAUAACUCAAGAGCCAAUGGUCUCCGUCACACCCCACAUCCCCACCAGUAGCUCGGAGUACUCAGGCAAUGGCAACCAAGUCCUUCCGAGAUUCUUCAACGCCGAUGGACGCCUUCCUCCUCCAAUCCCAUCGCAUUCUACAGCUUCAUCUGAUCAUCUUCCCAGACACGAGUCCUGGAGGCAGCCAACUGCUCGUCAAGACUCCAACAGGCAGAACAAGAGGGCAAUCCGCCUUCCUCCAUUCAUGGCACUGCUUGGAGCUCAGGCUCCAAGCUCACGUCAAGCCCCUCGCCGCCUUCCUCAGGUGAUCGACCUGACAGGAGAUGACGACAACGAGACUAGGCCAACCCAGAUUCGAGAGGUCUGGUUCGUGGCUCAUUCUGCGGCAAACGUUCGAAAUGCAGCAAAUCUCCAGCCAGGAGAAGACAGUGAGCCGCAUCACGCACGUAUGGCCUCCUAUGCGCACAACUUGAUGCUGAUGGUAGCCGAGUUCGUCCCCUACCCUUCCCCUCCUCCUGCAUCCAACAACCCGUAG